AUGCGCUUCUCUAACAUCGCGGUUGCUACUCUGGGUGCUAUCGCGAGUGCGGCACCGACAGCUUCGCAGUCCCAACCACGUCAAGCAGCAACUGCCAGUGAGCGACUUGGUCUGACAUGGCUCGGCAGUAACAGUAGUUUGCCGAAAGUUCUUGUCCUAUUCACCGGAGGCACCAUUGCAGGAGGCUCAAUAUACGGUGCUCUUGACGACACACAAUACGGCCAGCUAAGCCAAACAGGAGAGGACAUUAUUGCCCGCAAUCCCUACCUUCUCAACAACACGCAACUGGCCGUCUCGAACUGGACCACAGAAGAUGAUGGCUCGACAGGAACAAAUGACGCUCUAGUCAUGAACAUGACGCGUUUCGCCCACGAUGCACUCUGCUCAGAAGACAGUGACAUUGUCGGUGCAGUAUACACCCACGGCACCAACUCUCUCGAAGAAACAGCCUUCCUCAUGGACUCGCUCGUAAACUGCGGAAAGCCCAUUGUCGGUACCGGAAGCAUGCGUCCAUUCACCCAUCUCUCUUGGGACGGAGAAGCCAACUUCUUCGACGCCGUGAUGCUAGCUGCAAGCCCAGAGUCGCAGAACCGAGGUCUAAUGGUGGCUUUCAAUGCGCGCAUCAUACCGGGAUAUUGGGUCACGAAGCUGCAUUCGACGAACCCGGAUGCUUUUGGUCCUACGUCUGGUGGGGAUCUGGGCAUGUUUAUCAACAGUCUGCCCAUCUUCUUCAAUACGCCGAGCCAGCCGUUGUAUAAGUACUACUUCGAUAUCGGCACCGUGUCUUCUCAUCCUACGUACCCUGCGCUUCCAAAGGUCGACAUCCUCUACGCAGCCCGCGAGUUCGAUGGCAAAUUAGUGUUGGACGCGCAAGCCAACGGCGCUGAAGGUGUCGUUAUUGCGGGUACUGGUAACGGCGGCGUACCAAGUGGCCAGGAAGAGAUUACUCAAGCGUUGGACAGCGGGCUUCAGAUCGUUGUGGGAACUCGCAGUCCGCAUGGACCGUCUAGUCCGGCUCGAACACCCACAUUCGCGAAGUCAGGGUUUGUGCAUCCUAUUCAAGCGAGGAUCAUGCUCCAGCUGGCCAUUGCGAGUGGAAUGAAUAUGAAUCAGACGAUUGAUGUGUUUGAGGGUGGUUUCAGGAAGGCUAUUGGACAGCCUUGGGAUCCAAGCAGCUAA